AUUGUGCCGAACCAAUCGCUUCAAGACUUGAGUUCUAGUACCGAUAUAUUUUCGCAUUGUUUGAAAAUCUAAGAUAUAUAAAUUCUUAGUGGAGAUUCGUUGACUAAUUCUAUUAUAAUUUCUUUAAUUGAACUGAGUGUUUGUAAAAAGCGUACCAGGUUUGUUUUAAAUAUAUAAUUUAGAAAAAAGGAUGAGAGAAAGGCGUUAAUAAGAAAUCACCAGAUUAAGGGUUCUGUUAUUAGUUCCAAUUAUAUUUCAUGUAAAAAUAAACCAAUCUUAAAAUAGAACACGCGUUCGAGUCUCCUACGUCAGCAAAGUGAAACUAAAAGCACAAGAGAGAAAGACGAAAAGGAAGUGCAGUCGUAUGAAACAGUAGGAAAAGUGUAACGUUUCUCGACGUACAUUACACAGAAGUGAUUAAAAAAUAUCUAGCGAAAAAAGGUAGAAUCUGAAAAGUCUGAAAGAAAUGAGAAUCAAGAGUCAAUAUUGUAAGCGUGUACCUGUCAGCAAAGGUACUACUAUUUUAUGUGAAAAUCCAUUUUCCUAUGUUGUAAGGUCGGCAGUGCGCGAUGAAAGAUGCGACUAUUGUUUACAAAGUGGUAAGCUGUCAAAAUGUUCCGGAUGUCAAUACGUAUAUUACUGCGAUCAUAAUUGUCAGAGAGAAUCUUGGCCUAUACAUAAAACGGAAUGUACAAACUUAAAAAAAAUUUCGCCAAAAGUAAUACCAGAUGCAGCACGGCUUAUGGCACGUGUAAUUAUAAAACUCAAUCAAGGUGGAGCUGAUGAAAUAGGUUAUUAUAGUGAAACAAACUUUAGAAAAUUCAAGGAUUUAAUGUCUCAUUAUUCAGACAUAAAGAAAGAUAUAAAGCGAAUGGAGCAUUUUACUUCAUUGUGUGGAGUUUUGCUUGAAUUUCUUGGUGAAACUCUAAUACCCAAUACUGCAGAACUAAUGGGUAUUUAUGGUAGAAUAUGUAUCAAUUCCUUUAAUAUAUUAGAUCUUAAUAUGAACAGUAUUGGAGUUGGUAUUUAUCUGGGAGCUUCUGUAAUGGAUCAUAGUUGCAAACCAAAUGCAGUUGCUGUUUUCGAAGGAACUACUAUUAUUGUUAGGACAUUAGUGGAUCUUCCUUUUCUGGAUUGGUCACAGAUCAGAAUAUCGUAUGUUGAUUUAUUGAAUUCCAAUAAAGAUAGACAAGGGGAACUGCAUCAUUCAUAUUAUUUUUGUUGUAAUUGCGAAAAAUGCAAACAAGCGGAACCCAUGGCUGAGGCAGCUGCAUGUCCAAAUUCGUCGUGUGAUUUUCCGUGCUUGAUCGAAAAUGACAAAUGUGAGAAAUGUGGCACGAAACUAUCAGAGAAUUUCAUAAGGUCUUUUUAUGAAGUUAAGGAUUUUACUACCCACCAUUUAGAGACAAUGAAGACAAUGGCUUAUCUUGAUGUUAGCAAAAUAUGUCUGAAAAAACAAAAAGGCAUAUUGCAUAGUUUCAAUAUACAACACAUACGCACACUGGAUACGGCUUUUAUCGCUGCUGUGAACUUGGAAUGUUGGGAGGACGCGGAGUUAUAUAGCAAAGAGCUUGUACCUGGAUAUUUGUGAGUGAUUAGCAAUUCUUUUCGUUAAAGAUAUUAUUUGAUCAUAUUGGACCUGUGUAAAGGACUUAAAUUAUAAUUAUUAGCCAAAAAUUAUAAUUUGAUUAAAAAAAAACACGAGAAAAAAUAUUAUAAAAUAUAUAUUAAUGUAAAAAUAUUAAUACAAGGAUUUAUCCAAAACACUAAUACAAAGUGUGUGGGAAAGUGUCUUGUGCUCUCCUCUCAUUUUGUUUUGUGAUCACAGGGAGAGAUAAAAUGAAUGUACAAGAUUUCAUUAACGAACUCGGUAACUCAGUAACACAAUCUUUAUUAUAUUCUUCAAUAAAUAACUGACUAACAACAGAAAUUGCAACUGGCCGCAAUCAUUGCCUGGCGAUGUAGAGACGGGUCCUCCGCGGUAUAGUAACGCCAUGCUAACUAGUGAUGGGUGAUCUCGAUUCAAUUUUUAGAAAAUCUAUAUUUUUAAAAAAUAUACAAAUCGAUUUUCAAAUUGAUUCUUUCCCGUUACGUACGAAGUCUGUUCAAAAAGUAUCGCGAAUUUUGUGUUUUUUCAAAAAUUAUUUAUUUAUUCAUGAAUAUCUAU